AUGUUUUCCAGUCGUGGCUUUGUGUUUGGCCUGUGGAGUGCUUGUGCCUCUGUAGGCAACAUCCUGGGGGCUUUUCUGGCUUCUAGUGUGCUCAAGUAUGGAUAUGAGUAUGCCUUCCUGGUGACCUCAGUGGUGCAGUUUGCUGGUGGGGUGGUGGUGUUCUUCGGCUUGCUUACCUCCCCAAAAGAAGUCGGUUUGAGCUUGGAGUCAGAGACUGGAUUGAGUCCAGUGGAGACGGACACAGACAGCCACAGGCCUCUGAUGAGUGACGAGGAGGAUGAGGUGGAGGGUGAGGUGUACGGGAGAACACACCAUUCCGUUCAGCAGCCGGACGAACCUCUGGACGAAACUCCUCGAGCCAUCGGCUUCUGCCAGGCUUUCUGUCUGCCUGGAGUGCUACCUUAUUCACUGGCCUAUGCGUGUCUGAAGCUGGUCAACUACUCCUUCUUCUUCUGGCUUCCUUUCUACCUGAGCAACAACUACCACUGGAAGGAGGCUGAGGCCGACCGCCUGUCUGUGUGGUAUGAUGUCGGAGGAAUCAUCG